AGGGAGAGGGAGGGAGGCAGGGAAAGCAUGCGUGGCGUGUGUGCGUGUGUGCGUGUGCGUGUGCGUGUGAGAGGGUCUGUGAGAGGAAGGAGACCCGCGAGAAAACGGGUGUCGAGAACCAGCUCCUACCGCCCCACGAUUUGUGUAGGCGAGCAUGGGAUGAAGCUAUCGGCACACCAGUGGCCGAAUGGGGUGAAGAAUGUGUGCGAAGGGUUACGGGCUGAGCGCGCGGGAUCGAGAUCGCGGCCGAGGCUUACGACAAAUGAGAGUGUUGCUGCGCGUGGGUUGCUUCAUCUCGUGUCUCUUGCCGGGAUGCGUCUGUUUCCGAGCUCGCCGCUCUUCUUCACGCGAUGUACCUUUGACGUUCUCGACGCUCCGUUGCCGGUAAUAUCAGGCGUGCUUGCUCGAAUCUAGAACAUAAUAGGCGGAGGCGAGGAUGUCUUGUCUGCUCAUCCGCCUCGUCUCCUUCUUACUCACUCACACACCCACAUACACACCCACAUAUACAUACACAGGCACACACACACGCAGACAUACACACACGCAGACAUACACACACGCAGGGUACAUAACCGCUCACGCACACUCACUAGGGGCGAACGAGCUCCCGAAAUAGACCGGCCUCGGCUACGAUCACCCAGCGUGCCGACGAUGAUGCGAUUCCUGCCUGGGUAUAUUUGUCAAAAAGAAAGAAACAGGAAGAAAAAGAAAAUAUCCCGGGCAGCCCAUCAUCUACCUACCUCCCUACUAUGGGGAGGUGGUUAUCGGGGCGUCGGACCACUAGACAGUAGUGAAAGGGGACGCGGGAGCCAAGAAGGGCUGGCAGCCGUGAGCCAAUCAGGGUCGAUAGGAUUAGGAGAGGGUAGGGCGCCGCAAUCGACUUUUCAGCCCGGGAUCGAGAGUCUUGGCGUCCCCCCAAGCCACGAACCCCAGACUCUGGAGCCCAUCAGAUGUUUUUCUUUGAUUAGGUAUAUUUCCAUUUUUGCAUCCACUUUUGAAUGUGGUCGACUCGCAGCCCCUCCUACCCCCCACCAGCGAGACCCGGUAUCGUGGGAUCGUAGUAUUCCGAAUGACUUGACUGUCAGAUGUCACCUAGUCAGUCGCUCCGUCGGGCAGUCGUUCGGUAGGUUGAUGAACCGCAUGGCUCCCGAGACGGCCACAGGCCAGAUUCGAGACUCGGCGGAAGCAGGACGAAGAAAAGGGGAAUGGAUCCACAUGCUACGCUAUUGAUAGUCGUCAUUGUGGGACAAGAUCGAGAUUGGGGGAAGCGAGCGAGAGAGAGAGAGAGGGGGGACGAGAGAAAUAAGUGAGUGAGAGAGAGAGAGCGAGAGAGGGCGAGCGAGCGAAUCUGGCUGGUUGGGUAGGAUAGGGUCAGGUAGCAUGGCGGCGGCGGCGGUGGUAGGGUAGGCUACCACAUAGGUGUACGUGCGUACAUACGGACGAACACGGCGGCAACAAGAAGAAUGGGGUUAGAAAAUGAUAGUAAUAAAAAUGACAGAACCCCAUGAGAGCACCGUCAACGAAGGCGACGACGACAACAUCGACGACCUACAUGCAUAAAAGCAGAGAACCAUCCAGCCACGAGGUUUGGGUGGGAUA